AUGGGCGCGUUAACGCUCCUCCUGAAGCAUCCGAGCGACUUCAUCCCGCUCGUGCGGGUGAAGAUGAUGGCGGACAAGGCGAAGAAGCUCCCGAAGGAGCCGAACCUCGCGUUCUGCUACGACAUGCUCAACAAAGUCUCGCGCUCGUUCGCGAUCGUGAUUCAGCAGCUCCCGCACGAGCUCCAAGACGCGGUGUGCAUCUUUUACUUAGUCCUGAGGGCGCUGGACACGAUCGAGGACGACAUGGCGAUCCCGGAGAAGACGAAGUGCCCGGAGCUGGAGAAGUUCCACCAGAAGAUCUACGACCCGAAGUACGUGUACCCGUGCGGGGAGAAGCACUACAAGAGGCUCAUGGACGAGUACACGAAAGUCACCGCCGUGUUCUUAUCCCUGAAGAAAGAGUACCAAGACGUGAUCGCGGACAUCACGAAACGGAUGGGUAAAGGGAUGUCGAACUUCAUCCGACGCGAGGUCGUGAGCUUGAAGGACUGGGACGAGUACUGCCACUACGUCGCCGGCCUCGUCGGGAUCGGCCUGUCCAACCUCUGGGCGAACUCGUUGCUGGAAGACAAGCGGUUCGCGAAAGAAGAAAACCUCUCGAACAGCAUGGGCCUCUUCCUUCAGAAGACGAACAUCAUCCGCGACUACCUCGAGGACAUCGUCGAAGAGCCCGCGCCGAGGAUGUUCUGGCCGAAGUGCAUCUGGAGCAAGUACGGCGAGACCCUCGACGUGUUCCGUCACCCGGAGAACCGAGACGCGGCGGUGUCGUGCAUGAACCACCUCAUCACGAACGCGCUGGAGCACGGUCUGGACUCGCUGGCGUACAUGAAACAGCUCAAGAACAUCGACGUGUUUCGGUUCUGCGCGAUCCCGCAGGUCAUGGCGAUCGCGACGCUCGCGGAGUGCUACGACAACGGGAAGGUGUUCGAGGGCGUCGUGAAAAUUCGCCGCGGUCUCUCCGCGCAGAUCAUGUUGAAAACGCUGGACAUCUACGACGUCGCGGUGCAGUUCAAAUCCUACUCCGCGGUCAUCGCGUCCAAGGUGAACGAUCGAGACCCGAACGCGACGGAGACGAGGAAAAACUUGAGCGCGAUCGUCGCGAAGUGCGACGAGAUCUUAGCCGAAGAUUUCCAGGGGUACCAACACAAGCACGAGCCGGAGCUGCCGCUGUACGCGAGGUUCCUGAUCACGUUCAUGACGAUCGCGUACGUGUGCUACGCUUUCCAGCUGUACGGCGUCCGCGAGCUCAUCGGCGUCGAGCCGAGCAGCACGGGGAUCGUUUUCGUGGACUACCUCGAACGCGGACUCAGCGUGUGCGCGUUUUUCACGUCGUGCGUCUUCCUCCUCACGGGGCAGAUGCUGUGA